ACAGUUGGUGUCACUGGCCAUAUGUCAGCAGACAGUCUAGCUGUCAGUCGGUCCAUAUUUUUGGAUAAAUACCAGUGAUACAUCGCACAAAAAUGAUAGAAUUGAUGUCCAUAAAAAAAAGCCUUCAGUGGCCCAGAGAAGGAAGCUCAGUUUUAAGUGUGGCGAGAGCACAUAUUGUGGCACCUGCAAAAAACAUCCAAGAAUUGCCAACGAGCAUCAGGCAGGACACAUUUGGAGCAGGAAUCAGCCACAACAACAGCUUACUUCCACCGAUUGCAGCUUCCUCUCGUAACACUUUGUUAUGUACAAGCAGAACCAGGCCUAGUUAUAGCUGUGUGUCCAGUGGUUAUAAUUCACAGAACAACUCAGUAACUGGAAAUAGAAUAGUAUUGGCAAACCAGCCUAAAGCCAAUCUGAAAAACCAUGACUUGCUGAAUUCAACUGUAGGAAAGAACGACAUCCCAGGGAAAAACGAAGAAAGCAUCUCAGAGAAAACAAAAUGCAUCUUAAGUGCUCUGAAGCCCAUAAAUAUUGCUCAAGAAAAAUCUAAGUUUUUCAGUUCAUCAUAUACAUACAAUCCUCAGUUUAAAUAUCAAAAUCCUGCAUUACCAGAUGAUCUAGGAAAGCACAGCGUUGCCUCCAACAGAUUCCUGAAACAGGCAAUUAACAUCAUGCAGAGAGCAAUUAAUAAAUAUGGCAGCUAUGAAAAGUUUGAAACAGCAACUGGAGGAAGUCAUCUGUCAAAAAGUCAAAUAUUGCGUCAUGUUGAAAAAUAUAUAGAAAAAGAAGGUUGUCUGGGUGAGAUUGCUGUCCACCUUUCAGAUGACAUGAUUUCGCGAGCAUGUAUGUCAGAGGUGAAGGGUCAGCCGACAGUGACCAUUAAUGUUUCUGUUGCCCGGGAAAAGUGGCUUGAAGGGACACUUAGACAUGAAAUAGGAACCCAUUAUUACCGUUUAGUGAACAACAAGCAGCAGCCAUGGUGUAACAGUCACUGGCGCGAACAAUAUGGUCUAAAGCCUAGCAAUAUCACUGAAGAAGGCCUGGCUAGCAUCCACAGUGUUGUGACAGACAAAAAUCCUUUCCUGUGGAGAGCUGCACUGCUGUAUUACACAGUUUACCAAGCCAGCCAGAUGUCCUUCUGUGAGCUGUUCAAGAUCUUGGCUCAGUAUGUGGAAGACCCUGACACAAGAUGGCAUUACUGUAUGCGUGCAAAGAGAGGCUGCACUGACACAUCCCAGCCAGGCUGCUGCAGCAAAGAUCAGGUGUACCUAGACGGGAUUUUACAUCUUUUGAGGCACAGAGACACCAUCAAUUUCCGCCUGCUAACGUGCAUGGGCCAGGUGUCCUAUGAAGAUAUGUACCGUUUGAAGCAGUUUGCUGUAUUUCCCAAUGCUAGAAUUCCUCAGUUCCUAAAAAAUCGAGGACAAUACAUGAAACAUCUGACAAACAUUAUGAAAGUGAAUGGCCUGACAGACAAAAAGCUGAGGAAAUUAAUCAUGUGACCACACCACUGACUACAGUUGGACUCCAUUGCAGACCAGGAGAAUGUUUAAGGUUGCUUCAAGAUGUCUGCCCAAGGAGGUGGUUCCAGCUUCAGUAGGUGACUCUCAGGCCACAGCUCCAAGAGAGGACUUUCAGGCCACAGCACCAUGAGGGGUUUCUUGGGCCAAAGCCUCAGUAGGGGACUGCCAGACCACAGCUCCAGGAGGGGUUUUAGAGGCCAUAGCCCCAGGAUGGAGUUCAGAGGCCACAGCCCCAAGAGGGGGUUCAGAGGCCACAGUCCCAGGAGCUAAUUUGGGCCACAGCCCCAGGAGUGGAUUUUGGGCCGCAGCCCCAGGAGUGGAUUUUGGGCCACAGCCCCAGGAGUGGACUUUUGGGCCACAGCCCCAGGAGGGGACUUUUGGGCCACAGCCCCAGGAGGGGACUUUUGGGCCACAGCCCCAGGAGGGGACUUUUGAGCCACACCUCCUGGAAAGGACUUUUGUGCCACACCUCCUGGAAAGGACUUUUGAGCUACACCUCCUGGAAAGGACUUUUGAGCCACACCUCCUGGAAAGGACUUUUGUGCCACAACUCCUGGAAAGGACUUUUGAGCCUCAGCUCCUGGAAAGGACUUUUGGGCCACAUCCCACGGAGGGGACUUUUGGGCCAUAGCUCCUUGAGAGGACUAUUGGGCCACAGCUCCUGGAAAGGACUUUGGGCCACAGCCCCAGGAGAGCACUUCUGGGUCACAGACCCAGAGGGAGACUUUUGGGCUACAGACCCAGGAGUGGUCUUUUGGGCCACAGCCCCAGGAGCGGACUUUCUGGAUUCAGAAACACAAGUGGAAUCCUAACAGACACAUUAUUCAUUAUUUUUAAUUUUCAACCAACAUCUUGCAAACAUAUAAUUAAAUUAUUAGUAUACACAACCUAAAUGUAAAGUGUUACAUACUCCUUAUGGUUUUUGUAACAGUUAUACAGGUUUUUCUGGUGAUUCUAUAAUAAUCUGCCUUUAACAAUUGAUAAUAGUACAGGUUGAGUAUCCCAUAUCCAAAUAUUCCGAAAUACGGAAUAUUCCGAAAUACGGACUUUUUUGACUGAGAGUGAGAUAGUGAAACCUUUGUUUUUUGAUGGCUCAAU